GGUCAACUUAGUUUUAUUUUAGAGAAAAAAAGAUUAUUUUUUUCGAGGGAAAAUCGGAGUUCUUUCCCUUUUCUUGCCGAUCUAUCAUACUUCUCUCUCCAGCUCUUUUUUUGCCGAUCUAUCAAACGUCUCUCUUAAAUCGAUCUGUUUGACAGUUCAAUGUGUACUGCUGGUAGUUUUAUUUGUAAUGUAAUCUAUGAAUACUAAUAUCAAGAAGACUUUGAAGAGAUCAAGAGUUCAAGAUCAUCUUACUGUGAAAUGCCACUUACGGAUACAAAUGUUUCUAAGCCUCUAGAGAAUUGCUUCAUGUUUCCUGUUGAGGAGAUAGUACAGUAUCCAUUGCCUGGCUAUGGAGUACCCACGUCUAUUAGUUUCAGCCCUGAUGACAGUGUAGUAACAUUUUUGUUUAGUCCCGACCAAAAUCUGAAUAGGAAGAUUUAUGUAUUUGAUCUCAAGAAUGGCAGACAAGAAAUGUUAUUCAGUCCUUCUGAUGGUGGUCUUGAUGAAAAUAAUAUAUCGGCAGAAGAGAAAUUGAGAAGGGAGAGGUUACGGGAACGUGGAUUGGGUGUAACACGCUAUGAAUGGGUGAAGACAAACUCAACAAGGAAGACCGUUAUGGUACCGUUACCAGCUGGGAUAUAUUUCAAGGAUCUUAUGGGAGAACUUGAACUUAAGAUUCCAAGUACCUCAUCAAUGCCUAUUAUAGAUCCACAUAUUUCACCUGAUGGAACAAAACUUGCUUUUGUCAAAGGCAAUGAGCUGAAUAUAUUCGACCUUAUCUACAAUAACAGCAGCCAAUUAACAUCUGGUUCCAAUGGAAACAUCAUUGUGCAUGCUCUUGCUGAAUAUAUUGCCCAGGAAGAAAUGGACAGGAAGAAUGGGUUCUGGUGGUCACUUGACGGCAAGUUUUUAGCAUUUACAAAGGUUGAUUCAUCUGAUAUACCUUUUUUCAGAAUCAUGCACCAAGGUAAAAGUUCGACGGGUCCAGAGGCACAGGAGGACCAUGCUUACCCAUUUUCUGGGCAACCAAAUGCAAAAGUUCAAUUGGGGGUAGUGUCUUCAAAUGGAGGUCCUGUAACCUGGAUGGAUGUUGUGUGUGGAGGAAAGUUUGUUACAGAUGAUGAUGAUGAUGAUGAUGAAUAUUUGGCUAGGGUGAAUUGGAUGUAUCAAAAUAUCCUUGCUGCUCAGGUAUUGAAUAGAUCACACACCAAAUUAAAGUUACUGAAGUUUGAUAUCAACACUGGUAAAAAAGAAGUACUUUUGGUUGAAGAAAAUGAUACCUGGAUCAAUCUUCAUGAUUGCUUCACUCCUUUAGAGAUUGGACUGAAUAAAUCUUCCGGGGACUUUCUUUGGGCAAGUGAAAAAACUGGCUUCAGACAUUUGUAUCUGCAUGAUUAUAAUGGAACAUGCCUGGGUCCCUUAACUCAAGGUCAUUGGAUGGUUGAGCAAGUUGUUGGCGUAAAUGAAGCUGUUGGGCUCGUAUACUUCACCGGAACAUUAGAUAGUCCUUUGGAGUCUCACCUUUAUUGUUCUAAAUUGUUCCCUGAACCAAACGGUUCUCUGAAGGAACCAUUAAGAUUGACUCUGGGAAGGGGAAAACAUGUGGUUGUGCUUGAUCGUCAGAUGCAGAGGUUCGUAGACAUUCACGAUUCGUUAGUCUCACCUCCCAAAAUCUCAUUAUGCUCCUUGCAUGAUGGAAGUGUCAUAAUGCAUUUGCAUGAUCAACCAAGCAGUAUUCCAAGAGUCAAAAUGCUCCAGCUUGAACCUCCGGAGAUAUUUCAGAUACAAGCAAAAGAGGGGACUACGCUAUAUGGAAUACUAUAUCGACCAGAUGAAACAAGGUUUGGACCUCCUCCAUACAAGACAAUGAUUCAUGUAUAUGGGGGUCCUGGUGUACAGCUUGUCAAUGAUUCAUGGGCAAACACAGUUGACAUGAGAGCUCAAUUUUUGAGAAGCAAAGGAAUUUUAGUUUGGAAGAUGGAUAACAGAGGCACUGCUCGACGAGGACUCAAGUUUGAAGGUGCACUCAAGUACAACUGUGGUGGUGUUGAAAGUGAGGAUCAAGCAACGGGAGCUGAGUGGCUUCUCAAACAUGGGCUUGCAAAGGAAGGUCACAUUGGGCUCUACGGGUGGAGCUACGGCGGAUAUCUAUCGGCUAUGACACUGACAAAGUUUCCAGAAGUGUUCAAGUGUGCUGUUUCGGGUGCUCCUGUGACAUCGUGGGAUGGAUAUGACACAUUCUAUACUGAAAAGUAUAUGGGACGCCCUUUGGAAAACCAGUCAGGGUAUCUUGAGAGCUCUGUGAUGCACCACAUCGACAAGUUAGAGGGAAAGCUGUUAUUGGUGCAUGGCAUGAUUGAUGAGAAUGUGCAUUUCAGACACACCGCCAGGCUCAUUAAUGCCCUUGCAGCUUCUAGAAAGUUCUAUGAGUUGCUCGUGUUUCCCGAUGAGCGUCACAUGCCUAGGCGGCACAGGGAACGCAUCUACAUGGAAGAGAGAAUAUGGGACUUCAUUGAAAGGAACUUGUGAACGCUCUUUUCAUCUCUUCCGGAUAUGCUCUUUGUUUCUCUCGUUUCGGAAGGCAAGAUAUUGGUGUUCAUAUUCAGCUACUCGGGCUUUUCAAAUCUCUUUUUGCAAAUUCAAGAGGCUUUCAAAUUAUAGCUUCUGGUCCUGUUCAAAUUUGGAGACGGCUUUCUAAUUAGGCCUUGUUUGGCAUCAACACUAAAGAUUAGCGUUGAUGUUAUGAAAAAGCUAUGUAACGGUAGUUUUUAGUGUUAGUGUUUUCAUAAUUUAUCUACACCAUUAAAAUUUUAUCAAAAAAAUGUUAAUCGAAAACGUUGUUUCCAAACAAGACUUUAAUCACCGAAGCAGUGAAAUUUUAGAAGGCAUUCUAAAUUUUAUGCAGUGAAGUGAAAGUUGAACGGGGCUCUCCAAAUUGAAGCAGCCAAAAAAGAAAUGCAGGCGAGAUGGAGAAUCGUGCGAAAUAGGAAUAGGCUUUAGGAGGAGAUCUAUCAGCCAAAGCAGUUCCCGGAUGGUGUCGGCCAGGCAGGGAUCGCAAGUGUAUAGGGUAUCGGACUUCGCCAGUUGUUCUUUACACGAGGGACCAUACGAUGCUUUUUUUUUUGUUAAGGAGCAGUUACAGACUUAGUGUUUGUAAUGCUUAUAAUACAUAUAAGUGGAAUAUUUUCUAUCUUUUCAUACUCUUGAAUACCAUUAAAUAUUGAAGUACAAAAUUGAGUGAAAGGAGAGGGUGUCUAAGGUUAUCAUUGGCGCUUCCCGCUUGCUGUUUGAUCCUGAGGGGAGCACUCAAGAAAGGUUGACAACCGAG